AUGAGCCUCCGCCUGUCUGAUAGGAGAGACAAAUUCCCCACCAUCGUCAGUGUCUACGCCUCCCCCGAUGACCAGCCCGGACAAGGUGAGAGACAAAUUCUACGAAAACCUGCACGCCAUCCUGGCGUCUGUGCUGAAGGCGAAUAAGUUGAUUGUCCUUGGUAACUUCAUUUUCCGCGUCGGCACAGACCAUGCUGCUUGAAGAGGAGCGCUGGGUACCCAUGGUCUCGACGGCUCCAAUGACAAUGGCCUACUCCUCCUACGAACUUGCGCGGAACACCGCCUCAUCCUGACUAACACAUUCUUUCGCCCUCAGACGCGAGAGAAGGCCACGUGGAUGCACUCUCGGUUGCGACACUGGCACCUGCUGGCCGAAGGCGAGACCAGCAGGACGUACUGGUGACAAAGGCGAUCUCGAGUGCGGACGGGUGGACCAAUCAUUGCCUCGCCACCUCCAAGAUGACGAUCCGCCUACAGUCACGCAGGAGACCUCAAAAUAAGGGAUCAUCAGGUAAGUUGGAUACUGUUUUCUUAAGUGUGCCCGCUCCCCAUCUUCAUCCUCCAUUUCAGCUUUUACGCUAGCCAACCUUCCAGUCGCCGCCGACGAGAACGCCUCUGUGAAAAACCGAUGGUCCCAACUGAGGGACACAGCCCAGUCAACGGCCCCGGAUGUCCUCGGCCGCGCACUUCGUCAGGGCCAGGAGUGGUUCGACGACGCUAUCAGCGUCCUAUCUGCCGAGCCUAACCUUCUGCACAAAAUCUACCUAAACCGUCCUACCAAUGACAACAAAACAGCCUUCUACCGUAGUCGCCGCCUUGUGCAACAGCGGCUGCGGGAGAUGCAUGACGCCUGGACGGCUCGCAAGGCCGAGGAGAUCUAA